GCAGCAGGCCGGCGUGUUCGUCUUUCGAAUUUUGCGGUUGAGUUUUCCGACGGAAAAUGGCCCCAAAAUCGGCCUCCAAGAAAGAAAAACCACUGUGGUGGAACUGUGAAAAGUGCCAAACGUACCUGCCGACCAGUGAGCUGCCGAAACACCAGGAAGCAAACUGUGCCAACAUCCCAACGCUCACCGGUUAUGUUUCUGCCGGUGCUAGCUUCCACUGCCGGAAGGUUGAAGUUGGUACGCUGGCCACGCUGGAGGAGGUGAAGCGAUGUACCGAUGCACAACGGUACCGAUUGGCCACGAUGCCACUGAGUGUGCUGAGAAAGUUGAGAUUAAUGCUUGGCGAUUACGUACGGAUCUCGUUGAGCAGGAACGGUGCCCCAAUUGGCACGAUCGUUCGCGUUGUUUGGCCAGUAGAUGAUCGUGCGAGAACCAAACUCGCCCUCGAAGCGCUAGAUGAGUUCGACAGCGACAAGUGCAACGAUCUGACCGCCAGCGUGGCACCCAUCGAUCCCAGCAACCUGGAAGAUGCGCAAGAAAUUGGUUUGCGUCUCGAGAAUCCCGAAGAUCAGGCAAAAGUGUUCAACAAAAAUGGUCAAUUCCUGCUUUCCUGUUUAAAGCACCAGCUGCAAGGUAGCGUGGUAAUAAGGGAAAACCGAAUCGCUUUAAAAAUUUGCAACAAAAUGUUUGCCUUCCGCAUUGAAAACGUUCGCACCGUCGGUGACGAUGAUACGGUGACCGAUCAGUUCAGCCGGAUGAGCUUACAGGAAAGUAGAAUGUUCGUGAUACUGCGUACCACGAAGCUCGCGGUGCUGGACGAUGCUCAAGCGGAACAACAGGCCCAUCAGAAUCAACGGUACGCCCUCGAACGUAUCGGAGCUCUCGAUAGCAUCAUCAGUGAACUGCGAACGCUCUUGGAUGCCGCGUUUGGAAUCGAAACACGAAAGCGCCACGGUCCCAUCAGCCGUGGUGUGCUCUUGUACGGUGUCUCGGGUGUGGGCAAGACAAUGCUAGUCAACGCACUGGGCGCCCACUACCGCUGCCAUGUUGUACGUCUCAACUGUUCGGAGGUUUACAGCAAAUUCUACGGUGAAUCGGAAGUAAACGUCUCACGCCAGUUUAGCGAAGUGUUCGACGUUCACCCCAAACCGGCACUCGUCAUCGUGGAAGAACUUCACAAUCUCUGUCCAAAAGCGAGCACGAGCGAUAUCAGCAAGCGCAUCUCGCAACAUUUUCUCAAUCUACUCGAUAGCCUGCACAACUCUGCGCGUGGUAAUCGUACGCUAGUGAUCGGUACAACGGACAAUGUGGACAACGUGAAUGCGUUGCUGCGUCGUGGAGGACGGCUGGAUUACGAGUUCGAGCUACCGGUUCCGGAUGCACCGGGACGAGAGUCCAUUUUGCAGCGAAUCUUAUCACGAACGACGCACAAUCUAUCAACCGAGGAGAUCCGUUCGAUUGCUCGCAUAACGCACGGUUACGUUGGGGCCGAUCUGGAGAACUUGGUGGCCAAUGCUGCCGGUAGUACGGCUGGACGCUCUAUGGUCGACAGUCAAACACUGUUGACGGCCACUCAGCACGUAAAGGCAAGCGCAAUGCGUGAAAUCAUGAUCGAGUGCCCUAAUGUCCGUUGGACCGAUAUUGGAGGACAGGAGGAUCUGAAGCACAAGCUGCGCCAAAUCAUCGACUGGCCUAUCCACCAUCCUGAGGUGUUUACACGGCUCGGUAUUAAGCCACCGCGCGGUUUGCUCAUGUUCGGACCACCAGGAUGCUCGAAAACGAUGAUCGCCAAAGCGAUCGCAACGGAGAGCCGAUUGAACUUUCUAUCGAUCAAAGGAUCCGAGCUGUUCUCGAUGUGGGUUGGUGAAUCGGAACGAGCGGUACGGGAUCUGUUCCGCCGGGCACGUCAGGUAGCUCCGUCGAUCAUCUUUUUCGACGAAAUCGAUGCAAUCGGUGGCGAACGAUCGGGUGAAGGGGGUAGCGGUGGCAACUCUGUAAAAGAGCGCGUCCUGGCCCAGCUACUGACCGAGAUGGAUGGUGUGAGCGUACUGAAGGAUGUGCGCAUCGUCGCGGCCACCAAUCGGCCCGAUCUUAUCGAUCCUGCCUUGAUGCGUCCCGGUCGAUUGGAUCGCAUCGUUUACGUGAGGCUACCGGAUGAGGCCGCCCGGGAGGAGAUCUUCCGCAUUAAACUGAAAACCAUCCCAACGGCCGCUAAUGUGGACGUGCAGGAACUGGUGCGUCGUUCAGCCGGUUGUUCUGGCUCUGAAAUUGAAGCCAUCUGCCAAGAGGCGGCACUGCGCGGACUCGAAGGUUCAUUCGAUGUACAAACCAUCGAUUGGUCACACUUUGAGCACGCUCUCCAGCUCGUACGACCACGGACCAGUCCCGAUCUCUUACGCCUGUACGACGACUAUCUAAAGCAACAUCAAUAAAAUACCGAGACACCGAGAGCUCAUGGCAA